CAUUCUCUAAUACAAUAACAUCCGAGACCUUUCUCAUACCGAGAAACAAAAUGGCGUUCAACAUCAAGCUUCUUCUGGCCAUCUGCUCCGUCGCAUUGUUCUUCACUCUUGUCUCUGCAGACCUUUCCAAAGAAGAUAUCGAUGGCUUCGUGGAGGAACACAACAAGGCCCGCGCCCAGGUCGGCAACCGUCCACUCAAAUGGAACGCGACCCUAGCCAAGUAUGCCCAAGAUUAUGCAGACAAGAGAGUUGAUGACUGCGCCAUGGAGCACUCAAUGGGGCCUUAUGGUGAGAACUUGGCCUCAGGAGAAGGCAUGUCUGGAGCAGCUGCCGCCAAGUAUUGGGUCACUGAGAAGGAGUUUUAUGACUACGACCUAAACAAAUGCGUCCGAGACGAAUGUGGACAUUACCUUGGUGUGAUUUGGGGCAAAACCACCGAAGUUGGUUGUGGCAUUUCAAAGUGCAAGAAUGGACUAAACUAUGUCAUCUGCAACUAUGAUCCACCAGGCAACUAUGUUGGGCAGAAGCCUUACAAGCCUUACAACUCCUAUGCGAAAAUUCUACCAUGUGCCAGGUGCAUGGAUGUUCCAAUAAUAUUCACCAUUGGCAACAAUGUUGAGUAGAAGUCUUACUAAACCAACUAUAUUUAUUCGUCUAAAAAAACAAACCAACUAUAUCUAUGAAUCUAUGUUAUCAAGAACAAAAUGAAUUAAGAAGUGAUGUUAGAUCAUCAAUUGAUUGAUCUUAUUCACCGGCAUGGUGGAUGCUAAA